CACCCAUAUUUCCUCUCCUUUCUUCCUUCUCUUCAAUUGGGCCUCCUUCUUUGCCCCGAAAAGGGUUACAGUUCUUCCUUUCAAGUUUUGUAGGAUUCAACUGAUAGUCUUUAAUUGUGUGUAUGUGUUAGUGUUAGAAGAGAAUCAAAGUUGGGUUAAUUGAGAAGUGGAUGAGUAAGUUGGUGGUGAUUUGGGAGAGAAUAACGAGGGACUGCCGUUUGGUUAUCCGUAGUUGGUGUCGCUGGGGCAAGUGCGGCUAAAUUCUCAUUUAUUCUCUAGUAUUUUGGGAUUUGGUUUUUUUGAUCUGAUCUUUUGUUUAAUACCCUCAAGAUAUCCUCUUUUUGAAUUUAUUGGUUUCCCCGGAUUGUUUAACAAGUAUUGAAGAUGCAGCAAGAUUAUCGCAAGAAGAGUUCCAAAGAAGUGGAGUUCUUCACCGAGUACGGUGAUGCGAAUAGGUAUAAAAUUUUGGAAGUUAUAGGCAAGGGAAGCUAUGGAGUAGUUUGUGCUGCCAUUGACACUCAUACAGGAGAGAAAGUGGCUAUAAAGAAAAUAACUGAUAUUUUCGAGCACAUCUCUGAUGCAAUUCGAAUUCUGCGUGAAGUCAAAUUGCUUAGACUUCUUAGGCAUCCCGAUAUUGUUGAAAUUAAGCGAAUCAUGUUACCACCUUCAAGACGAGAAUUUCGAGAUAUUUAUGUUGUUUUUGAGCUUAUGGAAUCUGAUCUUCACCAUGUCAUUAAGGCCAACGAUGACUUGACACAUGAGCACCAUCGGUUUUUCCUCUAUCAGAUGCUGCGAGCAUUGAAGUUUAUGCACACAGCAAAUGUUUACCACCGAGAUCUUAAGCCCAAAAAUAUAUUGGCAAAUGCGAAUUGUAAACUCAAAAUAUGUGACUUUGGAUUGGCAAGGGUUGCAUUCAGUGAUACUCCAACUAGUAUAUUUUGGACGGAUUAUGUUGCUACAAGGUGGUACCGAGCACCAGAGCUAUGUGGGUCUUUCUUCUCUAAGUAUACACCUGCUAUUGAUAUCUGGAGUAUUGGGUGUAUCUUUGCGGAGGUCCUGACAGGGAAACCGCUGUUUCCAGGCAAAAGUGUUGUGCACCAGUUGGAUUUGAUUACUGAUCUUCUUGGGACACCAUCAGCUGAUAUCGUAUCUGGGGUUCGCAAUGAGAAGGCAAGGAAGUAUUUGACAGACAUGCGGAAAAAGAGCCCAGUUCCUUUUACCGAGAAAUUUCCAAAUGCAGAUCCUUUGGCUCUCGGGCUGUUGCGGAGGUUGUUAGCAUUUGAUCCAAAGGAUCGCCCAACUGCUGAACAGGCUUUGGCUGAUCCUUACUUUAAGGGACUGGCCAAGAUUGAGAGGGAACCUUCUAGUCCACCAAUCUCGAAGCUGGAGUUCGAGUUUGAGCGGCGAAUGGUCACCAAGGAGGACAUUAGAGAACUAAUAUUUCGGGAGAUACUAGAGUACCAUCCUCAGCUUCUGAAGGACUACAUGGCUGGAAAUGAUGGUGCAAAUUUUCUCUAUCCUAGUGCCAUUGGUAAUUUCAGAAGGCAAUUUGCCUUUCUCGAGGAAAAUAGUGGUAAAAGUGGUCCAGUAAUUCCUCCUGGUCGAAAGCACGUCUCUCUCCCACGAUCUACGGUUAAUUCCAGUACCAUCCCUCCCAGAACACAACAGAACCCUAUGUUUGAUCAUAGGCAAGUAACAGAAAAGGCAACUGCUGGCGUCAGAGUCACAGACCAGAAGGUUUUGCGACCACCACCUCGAGUACCCACAGCCAAACCUGGAAGAGCAGUAGGGCCGGUUUUACGAUAUGAUGGUGACAGAAGCAUGAAAGAAGUCGCUGAUGGAAGAGUAUAUUCUCAGAAUCCUGUCCUCCCACCGCAUGGCAUUUCUCCACAUUAUUUGUUCAGAAGUAAUUCUGCAAAUCUAGAGAAGUAUGGAACCGAAGCAGAGAAGGACCGCUCUCAAGUUAAGCCGCAACCUGGGCAGUGCAUGGUUGCCAAGUCGACGUCUAGUAUGAGUAUCGAUAUGAACACCAACCCGUACUACCAUACACAGGCAAAGGUAGCACAGUUGGGAGGUCAACUUGCCAUAGAUGCAAAACUACUACAGGCACAAACACAGUUUGGGGCAGUUGGGGCUGCAGCUGUUGCUGUUGCUGCUCACAGAGAGGUUUGCACCGUUCAGUAUGGUCUAACCUAGCAGAUUAUCCAUCUUUAAUGGUCUUUGAAUCAAGUGACAACAUCCAUCUUGUAGUUGAGACAGUUCAAGGUGUGUGCAUUUUCCUCAAUUCAAGCAGCACGGGAGAUUUGAAGAGCAAUCUGUUACGCGGUAGAUAAAAAUCAUUGAUAUGGCAUUAGUGAGGGUCUCUAAAUAGGCAUUCUUUAGCUUAGUGUGUACCCUUCUGAGUUAGUAUUUAUGCCCCUGUAUAUAUAUAGGUACUUCGUCAUUGAUAUUAAUGAAGGGAAAAAAUUGUUCCUCUGACAGA